AUGGAGAAGGGGGCGCCCUGGGGAAUGCUGCCUCGCCUGUGCGUGCUGUGCACGGCGCUGCUCUGGCAACUUUGGCCCUGCGGCGCCCACGCCAACUGGAUGUGGCUGGGCAUGGCUUCCUUCGGUGUCCCCGAGAAACUGGGCUGCGCCAACCUGCCUCUGAACAGCCGUCAAAAGGACCUGUGCAAGAAGAAGCCCAACCUCCUACCCAGCAUCCGCGAAGGAGCCCGCCUAGGGAUUGAGGAGUGCCGGAGCCAGUUCAAACACGAGCGCUGGAACUGCCUCCUCCCUCUUGAGAUGGCCUCUACGGCUUCCAAACCUUUGCCCAUCUCUGCGGCUCCUGCUUCCUCCGUCUUUGGCUAUGAACUGAGCAGCGGUACCAAAGAAACAGCGUUCAUCUCAGCGGUGACGGCAGCAGGCCUUGUGCAUUCCGUGACUCAUUCGUGCAGCGCGGGGAAUAUGACCGACUGCGCCUGUGACCCCAAACUACAGAGCGGUGGCUCGGCCAGCGAAGGCUGGCACUGGGGCGGCUGCUCCGAUGACAUCCAGUAUGGAAUGUGGCUGAGCAGGAAGUUUUUAGAUGGCCCUGCGGAAAACGUCACAGGGAAAUAUGGCAGCAGGCUGCUAGCCAUGAACCUGCAUAACAACGAAGCUGGAAGACUGGCCGUCGCAAAGCUGAUGUCGGUGGAUUGCCGUUGCCACGGAGUCUCCGGCUCCUGCGCUCUCAAGACGUGCUGGAAGACUAUGUCCUCCUUUGCCAAGAUUGGCAGUUUUUUGAAAGAGAAGUACGAAAGCAGCAUCCAGAUUUCGGACAGGGCGAGAAGAAAGAUACGCAGGAAAGACAAAAGGCAGCGGAAGAUACCAAUCCGCAAAGAAGAUCUGCUGUACAUCCACAAGUCCCCCAACUACUGUGUUGAAGAUCCCAAACUGGGAGUUCCCGGGACGCAGGGGAGGGAAUGCAACCGUACCUCCGAGGGGCCAGAUGGCUGCAACCUCCUGUGCUGCGGCCGCGGUUACAACACACACGUCGUCAGGCAAGUGGAGAGAUGCGACUGCAAGUUUGUCUGGUGUUGUUACGUACGCUGCAGAAGAUGCGAGACCAUGACCGAUGUCCAUACUUGCAAGUGAAACCGUACCUGCCCUGAAAAUAGAUGACGAGAGAAACACCUUGAGAAGUAGCGUUCUCGGGGUCGUGCUAAGGAGGCGUCUCGAGAUGAAGAGCCUCAAGGUCCAGAGGUGUUGGUUCGUAUCGAAAGGGCAGCUCAGAAUAAGUAGAGGCCCCAUUUAAAACUAAUAGUAGUGGAGACCUGGAUCACCUGAAGAAUUUUGCCUAGCUGGGUGGCCUACUUGAGCGACUCGUGUCCAUGAUGGCCGUGAAUAGUCAGUAUUUUGAUCAGUGAAGUCGAGAUGGACACGCUGGACACGCUCAGUUCUCAAGGCAGCCAGAAGAGCUUAAAUGAAACAUUAGGAGGCUACAAUGACGCCUGGUACGAGAUAAGCUGAUCCCGUGUAUUAAGAGUACUCUGUUUAUUGAGUACCUCUGGGAGCAAAGGAUUACUAGCAGUUGUACGGCUGUUUGCUUAGCUAGUCAAAGGUUAAGGGUAAGACUGAGAUGUUCAUCAUUUAACCAAGCCAAGUCUAAGAUGGGUUGAAUAGCUUCCAUGGACAGAUCUGGACCUUGGCGUUGGAGUACACGCCAGUUUAAAGCAAAAUGAUGUGUAGCUGUGACCUCAUGGUGGUUUUUUUUAAAAGUUUUUUUAGUUGUGUCUUCUCCAGUGCCAUUAAAAGCAUCAUUGAGGAACAGGGAGAGAAAUGGAGCAGCUUUGUGGUGUCGUCGCUUAAGGCAUUCUCAUUCCUCCCCCCCCCACCAAAUUAUGCUGAUUAUUUUUGUUUUGUGAUGUGAUGCUCCAUUCUUUUUAUGGAAAUG